AUGACCAGCACUGACCUGCCAUGUGGAGGCUCCUCCCACUGCUGGAGGCUCCUCCCUAUCGCAGACGGUGGCGCUGAGGACGACGCUCUGCAGUUGUUUCGCAGACGCUUUAAUCAGUCGGAGAAUUUAUCGUCGCCAUCGACAACACGCCGCGUUCGUCAGGGGGCGGGGCUUCUGGAACGGCGUGGUUCCGGGACGUUGCUAUUGGACCAUCUCACUCAGCCCCGCCCGCUUUUCCUUCCACCGCUGUUCAACACACAGCGGCCAAUCACAGGCAGCCGCAGCACUAACCCUGCCCCAUCAAGCCACGCCCCCUCGGCUCCAGGCCACGCCCCCCCACGUGACCGACGGAAGACGUUGCUUCGGAGACACUCGAUGCAACCGGAGCAGAUGAGGCUCCUGUCGCUGUUUCAGCUGCGAGAAGAAAAGUGA